AUUACAAGAAUUAAGUGUGUCACGUACGAGUGUGCCUUUAACAUUAAAGAUUUAUUCCGUGUGCAGGUUAGUUUAGUUAAUCUCAGUGGAUUAUUUGAGCUUCCAGUUCCCUGCAGAGAAGAUCAAAAUCUCCUGGGUCUUGUUGUGAUUAUCUCACGAGAUCUUUGCAUUUGUUGUUCUCCGGGCAACGCAACAGCUCGACUUACACGCUGUGCAUAUUUUGCGAGGACCACGGUGUAUCGAUUUUAAACAUUUAUUUAUUGCAGUCGUUUACAAACUGUAUAAAUCUGCAUCGGUGGUGGUGCGCUUUCGACUCUCCGGAAAUACAAGCCGGACUUUAUAAUCCACUUGUGGAGUCUCCCAGAGGCCUGUCUGUGAUCAUCAUGUCCGUGUAACUUUACAUGUAGAUAAAGCAUUUAAAGCGUUUGGUUUUAUUCUCAUUGUAUUUUAUUUGAACGUUCAAAUAAAGCGUGAAAAUGCCCGGUGUGCGCGAGGUCGGGCUGAUGGGCGCCGCGCUCGCGCUGACGGGAGGAGUAGCGUGCGCUGUGUGCUAUCUGAUGCGCGCACACAAAACAGAUGAACCCAAGAAGGAAAAUGAACAAAAUAACAGAGAGAAACCCAAAGAAGGAAAAGUGCAUGAAACUACCAGCACAUCACAAAAGCAUCCCGUAACAUCAGAGCCUAGGACCACAGGUACCCAGGUGCUGUUUUUGGGUCUGGAUGGGGCAGGAAAGACGAGUUUACUGCACUGUUUUGCAACGGGCAGUCUGGAGCAAGACGUGAGUCCCACGCAGGGCUUCAAUGCCGUGUCCAUCAACAAGGAAGAGCUUCAGAUCGAGUUCUUAGAGAUCGGAGGCACAGAGAAUCUGCGAGAUUACUGGCAGAGGUAUCUGCAUAAAGCUCGGGUUCUGGUAUUCGUGGUAGAUUCUGCAGACACGGACCGCUUCUCUUUGGCUAAACAUCAUCUGCACCAGCUGCUGUCUGCUGACCCCUACCUGCCACUGGUGCUGCUCGCCAACAAACAGGAUUUGCCAGGGGCCCGUGGCAUCACCGAUCUCUACGAGGCACUGGAUUUGGGGAAUGUUGGCGACGGGCAUCGGCUAAGCGUGAUUGGUACCCAGGUGAAGAAGGGCAAGUCGGUAACCAAUGUUGGUGUGCGGGAUGCCCGUGACCUCAUCAUAGAGAUGAUGUCAGAAGACUAAUUGUAUGUUUUAAAGGGGAUGUCCUUUUCGUCGCACUACAAACAUCAGAAUGUCUCGAUCUUUCAGGGAUUCACGACACCAAAGAGUCUUCAAACCAAACAAUGACAACAAAAGAGCCUGUUUUGUAGGAUAUGGGAAUUUAAAAUAUUUCUCAUUAAUAAAUUAAAUAGACUAAUUGUGCUAUAUUUAAGUAUUUGUUUGCUUUAAAUAUUUUCACAAAGCAAUAUUUUGAGAAUUAAAAAAUAACAAUGUAUUUCAGUUUAUUAUUGAUGCUGCUGUAUGUAUUAUUAUGAAAUCAUUAAAUAUGUUAAGUGUCCUGUUUGACAUUUUCGGGCUCUUGAGUGUGUGUUGGACAUGAUGGUGUUUGUUGCUUUUUCUUAAAUGACAAAAUUUUACAUUUGUUUACAAUGUAACUGACGGUUUGGUCACUUAAGACUAAAGAGCCAUGUCUGUAUAUUAAUUUUGUAAUUUGACCCUUCUAUCUCUCUUUGAUAUAUUUUGUGAUGGCAUUUUGAUAACUAUUAAUUCUGGAUUAAAGUUAUUAAAUAUUAU